AUGAACAAGGACGACAUUACAAAGGCUUCGUGGCCCCAGGGCGCUCAUGAUUCGUGGGGUAAGGAGCCGAUUCAUUCUCAAAAGGUUCCCAGAAACGUGGAGUUUAUCAACAACUUGAAAUUGGACAAGACGCUUCAGCCGAAGGAGUAUCAUAUCGAUGGUACUCAUCAAAGAUCAAAGAUUUUGUUUACGAAUGUCAAGAUUUUGGAUUCUACAGGCCGAGAGCCGUAUAUUGGCGAUGUGCUGAUCGAGGGCGAAAAGAUUGCGGCGGUUGGCCAGAUUCCAAACAAGGACGAACUUGAACGAGACCCUCUUGUUCGAGUUUUUGAAGGCAGAGGGAGAACACUCAUGUCAGGCCUAGGAGAUGGCCACACGCACUUCACCUGGAAUGGUGGCGACCUCAACCGUCUAGGUGAGCUUGACGUUGAGGAGCACGUUCUCCUGACCAUCAAGAGCGCCCAAUGCUUUCUAGACUCUGGAUACACCAUGUGCUUCGGAGCGGCGGCAGCCAAGGACCGACUCGAUGUGGUUGUUCGAGAUGCCAUCAACGCGGGUGACAUCCCAGGACCUCGUUAUCUAGCCAAUGCACGAGAGAUUGCCAAGCCAGAAGGCGAAUUAGUGGCUGGAAUUACACGGUUUGCAGAUGGUCCACAAGAAAUGCGUGAUGCCAUCAAGUACAACAUCGAGACCAUCGGUGUUGACAACGUCAAGCUCAGCAUCUCGGGCGAAGAAAUUACUGAGAUUCGAUCCGCUCAAGACUGCUACUUUUCGGACGAAGAGAUUAUUGCGUGUGUGGAUGAGGCUCACAAGCGAGGGAAGCGAGUCUGCGCACACGCCAGAGCCAGGGAUUCGGUCAAGAUGUGUGUCAAGCACGGCGUGGAUGUGAUUUAUCACGGUUCUUACGUGGAUGACGAAGGCAUGGACAUGCUUGAGCGAGAUAAGCACAAGAACAUUGUCGUGCCGGCAAUCAACUGGCUCUACGCCACGACCUACGAAGCCGAUGCUUUUGGAUACACGCACGAAGCAGCAGAGAAGGCUGGAUAUAAGCGAGAGCUCGACAUUGCGGUAGCAGGGUUGCGUGAGAUGCACCGACGAGGGAUUGUCGUAUUGCCAGGGGGGGACUAUGGUUUUGCAUGGACGCCGCAUGGAACCUAUGCUCGUGAUCUUGAGCACUUUGUCAAGAUGCUGGGCUUUACCCCUCACGAGAGUAUCAUUGCCGCAACUGCGGGCGUUGCAGCUCUCAUGAUGAGAGGCCACGAGCUUGGAAAGAUUCAGCCAGGAUACUACGCCGACUGCAUCCUCGUCGACGGAGAUCCUCUAGAUGAUAUAUCAAUACUCCAGGACCACGACAAACUCAAUAUUAUCAUCAUGAACGGGCGGGUGCACAAGGCUGGAAGAAAAGAGUACAUCAGGGACACGUCGGGAUCUUUGUCCACGGGCAUCCCUCGUCACUUGACGGAGGAGUUUCCUGAGAAGAGGCCUGCUAUGCAAAAGUCGUACUAG